GCGGGGGCCGCACUGCAUCAACACAAAUCGACCGAACAACACAAAAGAUAUAUAAUCGAUGGAACAUCUUUUUAUGUUGUUGUUUUAACCGAAGCAAUGGCCUGUGGACAACAAUUGAGAACUUCACAGGAUACUCAGCUGUGUCCUAAUCAGGUUGUCUCAGAGCAGCAGUCCUUGGUCGUUAUCAAGAAGCUUCUGGCCAUUGCAGUGUCUGGCAUCACAUACCUCAGGGGUAUCUUCCCAGGGAGAGCCUACGGGACCAAAUAUGUGGAAGAUCAGCAAGUGAUGGUCCUGAGAGAGGAGCGCAGCUGUCCUGGUGUCAUUCAGAUUCUUCAGUGGAUGCAGGGAUGUUUUGAUGCCAUCCAGAAGAAAUACCUGCGGACAGUUGUUAUGUCUGUUUAUACGGACCGAGACAACCCCCAGAAAGUGACUGAGUUUUACCAGUUUAGGAUCCAGUACACUGCAAAAGGGCCACAAAUGGAUUUUGAAAGCAACAACAACAACAACAAAGUGUCAUCGAUGUCGUGCGGAAACACCAAGAAAGCCUGCAUCCUGCUGGUGAGGAAGCUCUACAUGCUGAUGCAGAACUUGAAUCCGCUGCCAGAGGUCGUCUGCCUCAACAUGAGGCUGGCGUACUAUGAUGAUGUCACUCCUCAUGACUACCAGCCGCCAGGCUUCAGAGAGGCCGACGGCGACACCAUGGAGUUUGAGCAGGAACCCGUCCAGCUGACCAUGGGGGAGGUGGUCACCCCGUUCCACACCAUGAAGCUGGACAUGACCACAGAGAGGAGGAGACUGGACCAGGUGGAGGAGUGUAUUCAUGUGACCAAGAAGUUGGUUCAGGAGACAACGGAGGACAGCGAUCUGAUGCAGAGUCGUACACUUGAAGACGUGGAGAAGCCUGACAGCGAGAGCACAGACCUGGACAACACCGAGAUCCAGAUAAGCUGCGAUGAGAAGAUCAAGACCUGUGAGGGAGUCACGGAGAUGGACAAUCUGGUGAAGAGGACCUCCGACGUGGAGGUGGGCCUGAAGAGGACCAGGAGUGGACGGAUCUGGACUACGGAGACAAACAUGACUGUGAAGAACAACAAAUCAACAGCUAUAAAGAGGAAAAUGGUUUCUCAGUACGACAUUCCCAGCAGCCAGGAAACGCCGUCCUCCUCUGCACCUAAGAAGAAACGCAAAUUCAGCGAGCCCAAAGGACACUACUGACCUCGCAUCCCACUGGUAACGCGGCAGCACCGUUCUGUCGAUCUGCAUUGAUGUUUUUGAAAUUUUGAUCACAAGUUACACCGUUUGUUGUUUUUUUUUUUUUAAAGAACAGGAAUCUCACAUCUGUUUGAAGCUGUUUUAACUUCCUUUUAAGGUUACGACCGAACUGUAGUUGUGUUUGUUUUGCAGUUUAUUUGAAUGACACACAUUUAAAACUGACUGGCUCGUUAUGUAAUGUUGGAAUAAGCUUUAAAAAAAGUGUUUAUGUUAGUUUUUAAUGGUUAGGUUUUGUUUUACUGUUCAUAUCCUCAGUUACUUGUGCAUAAAGCAAGACCACAAGCGUCAAUAAAUAAGAAAGAUGCACCCGAA